GGUCAGGCUGCUGGACCGGCUCUCAGUUCAGCUGUUAGGGGUUUGUUAAAGCUCCAGUCAGUCAGUUCAGCUGCUAACAGACUCUGAGAGCAGAGGUUAAAUAUAGAGCAGACUCUCACACACAGCCCGAAGAGAAAGAGGAGAAAACAAGAGUUUACUGAAGCUGAAAGAAAAGACUCUCUCUCUCUUUCUCUCUCUCUCUCCCUCUCUUUUAUUCCUCUCUCUCCUCAGCUAUAACUCUACGUCUCUCGCCCCGAAAACUGUCAGACCAAACUUGGAGAAGACAGAGCUUCACGUCGCUCUGAAGCUGAGUCUUAAACUUUGGCAGAGAAGAAGAAAACAAAGAGAAAAGAGAAGAAAAGAAACACAGGAAAAACAAUUCACUUUGUGAUGUUGUGAAUGCUGUUGGUGAGCAGGAAAACUUGGAGUCACUCUUUGGAUUGAACACCUGUGGCACCACAGAGAGAGCAGAGAACAGGUAAGAGAGCCUGGAUUUGACGCUAUGACUAUUUAAAACUGGACUUAAACUUAAGAAAUAUAUAUGAUCGAUUAUAAGAUCUAAAAAACAAAAGGAUAGUUUCCAAAAAUUUUCUAAUAAAUUCAAGCUGUUGAGAUGAUGCAAAAAGUCAUUAUUUAUAAAUCUCAACACGGCAUGACUACUAAGAGAAGACUUCGUUUAUUAUAUGCAUGUUUUUAACAUUUGGAUGUGAAAUUUAGAGCCACAAAAACUAAGAGGGGUUUGAGGUUAGCACAGAUUCAGAGAGUAAAAUUCACAGAUUACAGGUAUGGCAAAAACUUGAACUGAGCGUCAACAAACUCAAACAUUUCUGUGUGGAUUUUGUGCCAGUUUUGCAUCAAAGUGACUCUUUUGAUAUAAACAUAACUCAAGACUAAGUAUUUCGCAGUACAGAAGAAUAAAAGCAAAUUUGGGUGCUAUUUACACAACUGUUUACAUGAAAAUGAUAGCAGAUGAACAGCGGGACCAUUACCUGAGAGUAAUGCCAAAAUAUGUGGCGCUCCCCUGGUGGCUAGUCUCUGUUAAGACCCACAGAGGGGAUAUUCAUCAAAUCUAGUCUAGGAUCAGGAGGUAAACAAAAGUCUGAGUCAGUCUGCACAAUUUUUUAAACUACAGAGAUGCUGCUUUUUGAAGAGUCAGGAGCUUUUAUGAGGUUGCCUCUCGGAGAGGUUUUUUUUCACGAUCUGAUUCCACGUUAGACACAGUGAGAUGAGAUGUACCAUUUAGGGCAGUUUUGUGAGAGUGGAGUAAAGGUGAAGAUUAAGCAUCAGUGAAAGUUGCUUCUCAGUUAAAAUGAUAUUCUAUGAUAUUGUGCUGUUCAAGACACCUUCAAAUGCUGAAUCACUAUAAUACCUGAAUAUAUCAUAUUGUAAUGAUACAUACUGUACAUGCAGGGGUAUGUUCAUGAUACAUGGAUUUUUUUUAUCCUAUCUAUAUAUCAAAGUAAAGGUAAAGGUGAUAAUAAAUAGCCUAUAACAGACAUAUUACUAUGAUUUUAUUAUACAAAAUACAACAUCAUGGUAUUAGAGAACCUUAAUUUUAAAGCUAAAAAAGGUUUUGGGUUUCCUGAAUCAUGUCUGGUAUUUGUCUUAAAACGAAUCUUUGGGAAAAUCAAUGAACAAACCGGUGAGUUAUUUAUCGUUUAUUAUGGAUAACCCUGCCACAGUGAUUUUUGUAAUCCACAUCUUAGUUACCUCUAAUAGCUAAAAAUGACGUCACACUCGAGUAACCAGCAUUUCAGUUACCAAGUCGGAACAAAGCAAAAUUGGAGGCAGAAACAAGAUGACUACAUUUACGAAAGCUAUUUUAGCGCUUGCCUUGUUUGAAUAUAAGGCAAGCGCUAAAAUAACUUUUGUAGAUGUAGCCAUCUUGUUUCAGGCCUCCGAUUUUGCUUUUUUACCGACUUGGUAACCGAACCGCUGGGACCUUGGGUGUGACAUCAUUUUCAGCUCCGACAUCUGACUUCAGAGGUAACUCACAUGCAGCAUUAAUGUUAGUGACUUAAUUACCUGACAAAGAUGGAAUUUAAGAUAAAGGCUGUGUCCCAAAUGGAUCCCUAACCCCUAUAUAGGCGACUAUAUGGGGGUUAGCGCCAUUUUGAGGGGUGUCUGAAACCUGAGUGAUCAAUUCCAAUGCCCCAUAUACAGUAGGUGACUCAAAAUUUCCCAUAGAGCAUUGCAAAAUGUAGUGACCAUCCGAUGGUCACUCACCUGUGAUGGGCAUCCUGUCAUGCAUUGCGUCUUGCCAUGUAGUGACACUACAUAGUCAGCUAUAUAGUGAAACUAUAUGGGGGUUAGGGGUUAGUGAUUGAGUGAUUAAUUCUGGACACAACUAAAGUCCUGUUGGUAUGACAACAGAUUCUCUUCUUAGUAGGUUUGCAGAGAACUGACCAAUUAGAUGAAAGUGGGCAUAAAGGAAGGGGGCCUUAAAGAGACAGUACCUGAAAUCGUGUCUGUGUUUACAAUAAGAGCACUGAGCGCUAAAUCCACUGAGCUGCCUUGGUUUUGUACAGAAUAUAGAUGACAAAAAGCUGAUGUUAGUUGACACAGGCACUUUAUUAUUUUUAUUUACCUUUUGUUUCAUAACAUCAAAAAUCAAGAUCAGGAGAAAAGUUACUUCAAACUUUUGGGGGACUUGUUCGAAGCAUUAGGAGAAGAUCAGAAGCUCAUGGUAAAGGCAGCAUCAGGAUGACUUUAUAGAUAAAAUAAGAGACUAUGUUGAGUAAACAAAGUGGACAAACAUGAUGUAAUAAAGUGUAAUAAGUUGUGAUGAAGUUCGGAGUAACGUGGACACACCCUCCUUCUCAGCAGCAUGUACGUCCUGAUUCAUGAAUGAUGGCGGCUGUGGGACUCUCAGUCAGUGAAUCACUGAGUUAUGACUCCCUUCAGUCUCAGCCCAUUAAUGCUUUUGUUACAGGAAGCCGAACAUUAGGAGGCAUUAAUUUAAUAGAUCCUUUACCAGAGAGUGCCCUCUGGAGACAGGCUGCUCUUACUGAUAAGAAAACAGACGCCUUUGUCACUCUGAGGAUAGAAGAUCAUGUUUUCUGUCUGGACUGACAUUUUCCAACAAAUAAUAAACUGAGCAUUUUCUCCAGAUAGUCCUGUUCCCUGGAGGAUGCACCCUGUAGACUUUGGUAAUCCCCCUGGUAUGCACUCAAAGACCAAAAUGAAGUUAACAUCGAAGGUUUUGAUAAAAACUGAGAGAUAAUGUGUCAUGAAAUUUCGUGCAAUCAUCCAAAGAAGAGCUCCUUUCUGACUGACGCAAAAGAAACAAAUGGUGCAGCUUCUGUAAGAGAAAGAAAAAGACAAACAUGAAACCAUGUAUGUGGGUAUUUGCAGAUUAUAACUCUAUCUUUUAUCAGACAGUGAGUCACUUUGUUUUAUUUCAUAAAGUCAAUGAAAAGACCUUUGUAAACUAAUCCUGCUGUGGAUCAUCAUUUUGCUCAAAGGCACUCAGUCAGCACUUUGACGGUUACAGAAUUGAACCUCAAACAUCUCAUAGUCUGUCUCUCCUCCAGUAAACAGUCCACUGUCUGUCCACUGUCCUACAUCAACAUCAAAUAUGUUCACUGUGUGAUCAUCGACAUCAAAUCCAAACAAACAACAGAGCAGCUCUUUAACCUGCCUGACCUCCUCUGUGUUAUCUUACCCAGCAUGCUUUGCCCUGCCCAGAUCUCCUGGGGCUCUUCUCUCCAUUAAUAGCUUUUUUUUCCCCCUCUAACUGUUUUCACUGUCAGCUAUUUUAAAACUUUUAUUUUCCUGCAGGCUGCAGAAAGAAGAACUAAAAAUGGACACACAGACAAUUCAGGAGACGGUUUCAUUUGAUUUCAUUUAAUACUCUAAAAUUUGGUUUUUAGAUCUCUACCUUCUGUCAGAAUGAGUAAGAAAAAUGAAACCUAGUAUUUAUCUCAUUUUAUUAACCUUUAUUCUGCCAGGAGAACCUCAAUGAGACUAAAAUUCCCCAUCAAAAGCUCAUGUUCGGCCUUAAACACAAAGCCUGAGCAGAUCUGCUGUAAUGGAUGUGAUACAGACACAUUUGUUGGUUCUGUUUUGAACUGUCUGGAGGUAGUGCAUUGAUUUUCAACAGAGGCAGGUAUACAGUGAGUUUCAGUAAUCGAGACUGGAGGAAACCAAAGUUUAAAAAAGUUUUUUAAGAUUUAAAAUAUUCUCCUGUCCUCAACAUAAAAACAGAAAAAUGAUCCUUUUGCAAUCAUUAACAAACAUUAAAAACAUUAAAAAAUGACAAUAAUAAUCAUGUGCAGUAGAAUCAAUGUGCAAUAUUAAUAACCUGCAAUGGGAAUCUGUGUGUAAUAUUAACAAUUUGCAUCAUGAAAUAUUUGCAAUGUCUAAAAAAAUUCAAUAAUGAUGAAAAAUGUCAAAGAAAAGUGCAAACAACAAUUAGUUUACAAUAUAAAUAAUGUGCAACAGUGGUAAUGUGGACUAAUAAUAAUGACAAGAAAAAUAGAGUAAUAAUAUGGAAAACAAUAAGCUGCAAAAAUAACCUGGAAAAAAAAGUUUAAGCUCCAAUGACAGAAAAACAUUACUUUUAUUUUUCAGUUCCCCUUUUUUAUAUUCUUCAAAUUUUUUGUAACUUUCUCCAAACACAGUAUCAUUCAUUUAUUCUGAUAUCUUACCUCCUAUAUUCUCCCUCUUUCUUUCAUAGCUUUAUUUCUAUUUAUUGAAUAUUGUUGCCAGAAGAUACUCCAUCAUUUGGGUGAUUUAUUGAGAGCUCGGGACUCUGACUGUUGUAGUAAUUUGUUGUGAUUUUCAUCAGUUUCCUCUCUGUAAACACAAACUCUGCUAUCAUGUCUCAGUGUCAGACAUUAUGACUUUAUCCUCAUGGUCUUUAACGAUUAUCCACCUCAGACCUUCAUCUCCUCUUCAUCACCUCCUUUACCAUCAUUAAAAAGCUUUCUGUCACUGUUAGCCUCCAGAUCCGCCGCUUCACUUUGUAACAGCGUCUUCAGUGGCAGCUCAAGGCCGGCUGAUAAGACGGGGACCAUGAGAUCACUCUGCUAAUUCAGCUCAGUUAUCUGAACAGAGGUUUACGGGGGGACGUUCAACAGUGUCUGCCCUCUUGUUUGGUUUCAUAACAGCCGCUGCUGUUCCCAUGACAGCAAAACACAGAGCAGAGAGGGAAAAGUUUCUGUUACGACGAGGGCAUACUGAAGAACUGAUAACAUCAUGAUGGAUUUAUGAGGCGGAGUUUGGUGUUUACUUUUGACGUGUAACUGAGCUCAAGUUUAAACCCUGAAUAAAAGCCUCAGAGACCUGGAAAUGAGAGAGAGGGAGCCACCAAGCAUCUCUGAUAAACACACAAAGAUUUUCUGAUUAACUAAAGAUCUGCUGCACGCUCCAAGAAGAGCUUGAAAAAUCUGGUCUUUUCAAGAAUCUGGCAGACCACAAAGUUGUAGACAGAGACUUUGUUUACUCCCAGUUUUGAAAUGAUCAUGAACUUACUGAGCUAAAAGGUCAGAUAACCAAAAAGAGUCAUGAUCUGAUUGACAUCCAUCUUUUGCAGCAUAACUAACAACAUGUUCUGAUUGUAACCUGUAUGAAUAAUAGAUGCAGCCAUUGUGAUGUCAUCCGAUGGUCUCUGUUAAUGAAUAAGGCCUUGUACACAUGUAGCAUUAUUUGCUAAAAUGAAUAUAUUGUUGUACGUUUUGGCCUGCCAUCCACACCAGACCGCAGGAUUACGUAAUUAAAAAUGAUGCUUUUGGAAAACUCCGGCCAAAGUGAAGAUUUUGGAUAACUUAGGUUUUAAGUUUGCGCGUGGACAUAGAUAACUGGAGUAUUAAAUUCCUAAACGUCAUUGUCUGCGACAACUAAUAGAUAAACGUCAUAUACUAUGCGUCCUUGUUUAUGUCAGGCAGUGUACAACACAGAUAUAUACAGAGUACAGAAUUCAACACUAAAUAACCCUUCCUCCACCUUUCUUGUGUCUUAAAAGGUCCACAUGAACAAACUAUACGGCGCUAUGUUUCAUGUUUGGGGAAGUGAUGACUAGAAAGGGAAGCUUGCCCUGAUUGGAUAGAAUGGGUCUAACUUUUUGGCAAAUACUACCAACUCCAGGUCUGGGGUGCUUAUAAUCAAGGUCAAUCGUACAUUUAUGUUAUUUUGUGUGGAUGGGAUUUUAUUUGAAAACGAUGAUGUGUGUAUGUGACUUUUUUUUUAAAUGGUGGUGGUUGGAUAUUCGUUUAUAAAAACACCCGGCUACAUGUGUACAAGGCCUAAACGGUUCCUCAAAUAUAUACAUUUAGGGGCAGCUGUGUAGCAGCAGUGAAACUCAAAAAAUUGUUAAUGAAAGACUUGUUCACAAACUUGUCCGUCCAUUGAUUUGAUCGGUGAUGUUAUCGGUCAACCACAGGGUUGGCUGCAAACCAGAAAAACUGGCUGAAAAGCACCUACAGUGAAGGCGAAACUUAGUUUUGUCCACAAAUCGGGUCUUCUCAUGCUCAUAAAAUGGGACAGCCAUCACCAUAGCUCGACUUAACUGUGCAUUUAAAUGCACUGAGGAAAACUGAUGCUUACUAAAAACAGAUGAACUGCAGAUACUUUAAGGGUUGUAAUAAGCCAAAAAAUAUCAGCAUUUAUUUUGGAGAAUUAUCUGGAGGGGCAAACUUUGCUUUGACUUUGGUCUGAAUGAAAAUUUGAGGACAGGAAGCCUCUUUUUUUAGCCAGUUUGUGAUAGCUCCUGGUCUUGUCAGGAAUAGUGAGAAGUUAUAUUGUCAAGCGAUGGCUGACAACAAAGAGGAGAAACUAAAACUUCCAAUAUGUGCAUGAAACUACUUCCUGACUCCCACCGUGAACGAAUGACCUUGGAUUGAUCUUCCGUCUGUUUUAUUCUUGAUGACUUCUCUAAAAACUUUGUUAAAUUACACUCAGAUUGAACUCCAACAGAAAAACGUUGCGGUUUUGUGCCUCAGGCAUGAACUCCUCUGUGUAAAAAUCGAUCAUCCUGAUGGUCAGUGAUGGUAAAUCUUCUCUGAGGUCACUUAUGGGAUGGUCCGGCCUUAUUCCUCUCUCAUGAGUCAUUCCUCCAGACAGCGACCGGCUCAAUCACUGGUGGGCUGACCACCAACCACUGGAGAGUCAGCAGCUCUCAGAGGCUAAAUGGCUUGUAAAAACUGUAAAAUGACGUGAAACGGGCAGCAGUCUAACCCCGUUUUACCCUCCCCCCCUUUCCCUCUUUACUCUCAGAGUUUAUGAGGGAAGUGAGUUCAUGCUCAUUCCAUCUGAAAGGCAUGUGAGAGUUGGCUGCAGCUCGGCUGUGUGUUGGGAGUGAUGUCAGCUUUCUGGACCGGUCAGCGCUGAUUAGAGCUCUUACACAAACCGCUGCGAGGAUAAAAACCUGCUUUGUCUUAGCCCAUGAAUUUCCCCUGAUGACUGACGUGAUCUGGGAAUGUAUCGACUCUAACAUCACCUCAGCCAAGAUUUACAUGUCUAACACUGCAGGGGAAAAGAGAUUCGGAUUUGUUUAAGGUGUCAUACUGGGAGAGCUGCAGCAGAGGAAAUCACAAAUCAAAACCUUUCUCUACACAGGGCAAAAAAACUGGAGUCUUAUCAACUCAUAUCUGACCAAAAUACUUCACUGCACUUAAUAUAAGCCACAUUCAUCCAAAAAGUCCUGAUAGUGCAGCCUGUUUCAAGACAUUACAAGCAUGACUAAGUAAAAACAGCUGCCAGAACAGCAAGUUAAGUUCACAGUUUGAGUAUUUUGGAAUAAAAUAAAACCUUUUUUAUCAAUCGAUCAACUUUAUGGCUCCCAAUAUCUUGAAAGAAGUUAUUUUACUCAGAUUUGUCUUUAGGUGAAUGUUUUAUUUUGAGUGAAAUAUGGUUUUUAAACAGGAAAUGAGACAAAACCUCUUGGUUAGAUUUCAGUUUUAUCAGCUCUACUGGACAACCAGUGUCUCUUAGUCAGCUUUACUGCAGCUUGAUAUUUGAAACAGAACAGCACUAAAAUUUGAUUCAUUUAUAAAGCUUUGCAAAAAUCUAGAAAACCCACUUUAAAGUAAGCAAAUAAAAGAGGAAGUCUGGAGUUUUUACACAAUGAACUUUUGUCAUAUCUCAUCUGAUCGAGUGGAUUAAAGCACAACAAAGAAAAACUGUUUUCUAAGAAAACAGCAUCAUAAUUUCCUCAUAAAGUGAUUAAAAGGAACAUGUUGGCUAAUAUGCCCUCAGGCUUACAGAGCUGGAUUAAACUAUGCCCCUAUAAUUGUAUAACAGUUCACCAGGUAAUGUUCAUGCACGUGUUGUAUUUCACCAAUAAUCUUUCCUCCCUGCAUCAUUAACCUGUUGUGCUAAUGUUAGCAUAUAUUAGCAUCACAGCCUGGCAUAGCUUCAGGCAGCAUGAGCGGUGAUGCUGACAGCUCAAUUCCACAAACAAGAGCUAACUGCACAGAGCUGCAGAGAGUGUUCACUCUUAAACAUGAUCAGUGUUACAGGCUCCAUGGAUUGGACCUUGAGAGGGAGCAGACAGCAGAGGAAACUAAUACAGAAAUCUUGACGCUAUCAGCCACUGCUUUUCAUUUCAAGUUAGUUCAUCCAGGGAAAUUAACUACAUAGAUUUUCCUGGUAAAAUCAGUACAUUAAACUUUUAACAUGCCUGUAUACAGUAGGAUAAUAGUUAAAAGUACACUAGCUAAAUUUAAACUAUAUUUAGAAGGUUUUGCAGCGUUUUAGUAAUGAAGUCGCCUUUGUAAGACUUUCUGGUGCUCACUGAGAACUUUGGAAGGAUUUUACACUCAAACAACAAGAACAAGUGAACAACUGCUAAUUUUUUAUUCAUUUGGGCACCCUCACUGGAUUUGUUAUCUGUCAUUUCUGAAAAAAACCUGCACUAUGACUGUAUUUUUGUAUUUUAUUUGCAUAUUGAGGAAUCACAAGAGGCAUGCCAAACACUUUAAACAUGCUGCAGCAUCUCUCAAGGCAUUAUUGGAUUAUCUUCUGGGUUUGCUGUGAGUUUGAAUACUUGUUUUGUGUGUUUGGGUAUUUGAUUUCUGUAUAAAUCUGCUGAUAUUUUACAUUUCAGCAUAGGUGUGAAUGGGUUAACUACCUUGCACAACUUUAAACAUGUAUACAUGUGGGGAAUGACCUGUUUGCAUGAAGACCAAAUCUCUGACCUGGUUUUCAUGCUUGGUUUUACAUUAAUCUGGGUGACAUGUUUGAUUUCCAUUUUUGUAGCUGUCUCCUGCUGUCUGCUUUUCACUCGACCGUGGAGGCUUAAGACCUCCGUAUAAGGUGGCAUGUAACAAAGACAGGCUUACUGCAAAGACAAGGAUUUUCUGCAGAAUAAUUCUGCACAUGAACCUGAAUCUCAAAUAUCAGGAAUUUAAAUUUUUUUUAAAAACACAUUUGCAGACAUCUCGCUUUAUCUCUUAACAGAGGUAUUUUGACAUCCAAAACUAUGAUCCAACUCUUUUCAAACCUGUAAAAAGUGAUCUAAAAAGUUAGUAGUCAGCGCUGAUUCUUUGGGUAUGAGUAUCUUUAGGGCCUGAGGGUUGCUGAGGACAAAGUCACAGUCACCUCUCAGCGGUGAUAAAGUCCAACAUGCUCCGUCUUAAACCUCCAUAUAGAAACACUUUUAAUGAUGUGGUCUGUUCACGUGCUGCUGCUGCUGCUGAUUAUAAUUGUUCUAUUUCUGAUGUGUCUAUGACGUGCUGGAGAUGGUAAUGUGAGCCUGUAGAGGUAUUCAAGCCCCAACUGUAAGUGUCACACUAUUUCAAGCACGGGUCCUUGAUAGACUGAUAUUAGUUGAGCUCUGUUCAGUAUAUUCCUGCCGGCAAUGUCAAGAGCUUUGCUGCUGGAGACAGAGACACCAGGCUGAAGCUGUCGUGAAAUAAAAUCCAUGGAGCGCAAAUAGUUUACAUGCAAACUGCAGAUUGAUGUGUUUAAGUCAGAAAAUUAUAAAACCAUCACUGAAUUCACACAGUCUGACAGGAUUGGGGAUUUCCCUCAUUCAUUGUGCAUAAAGUGAUGCAAACCAGACUGGUGGGAACAGUAUUUAACAGCCUUCUGAGGUCACAAUCACGCACACAAAGAAAAUACCUAAACUGUAAAGAAAAUAAUGCAUACUAAAUGCUGGUUUGAUUGAAAAAAAAAAAAAAAUCACUUUAAGGCAACAAGUAACCAUUAGAGUUUGGCGGUGUACCUGUAUGUGAAAUAGUUGAAUGUUGACCAGCCAAAAACAGAGUUUAAUCAGUAAAGCAGUAGUCAGCAGGAUUGCAGACUCUACAUGAGGAAAAAAGGUGGUACUAGAAAGGGCGACACAGUUGUACCGAAUCUGCACAUUGCCGAUCACAAUGAUUAUCAUCAUGGUAACUUAAAAAUUAUCAUUAGCACUGAAAAUCCAGCCAUCUGCAUCUGGACUGCUGCAGCUAAAAUUGUCCCCAAAGUACAAAAAACAGGAAAAGAUGUAGUCUGAAUACAUUAUAUCUAUAAAGAUCCACUAAUUACUUCAAAUCUACAAAGGUUGUAUGAUCAUGGUCAAGUUGUCAGUCAUCCAUCUUACCAUGUAAACGGCAGGGUUUGGAUCCUUUCUCUUUCUUAAGUAAUCAACCUCAGCUUAGAUCCCCCUAAUGAUGGGAGUUUAGGGGCUUUUUAGUGUUUUAGAUCAUUUGGCUCAGCGAGAACCAGCUCUUGUGUCACCCAAAUAGCUCCUCUUAGUACUGCUUUAGAUCUGAAGAGCGACCAGAGUGGUGAUAUUGACUUGGAUCCCUGGAGUCAUUACCAUCCCCGGAUUUUGAAGAAUCCUUUAGGUGAACAUUUCUCGGUCAGAUGUUGAAGUUGAAAUCAGGUGGACUGCUGUCUUAAUUUACUGGAAUCAUUACCGACCCUUACUGUAGAGACUUGUUGGGGUCGAUGUUAUCAGGUCAGAGUUGUCUUUAUAUGAGCUUCUGGUUAAGUUCUCUGUAGCUGGAGAACCAUUUGGGUUGAUGUUUCCAGUUAAGUCAUUGAAGAUGAUAGUAUUACUGCUAUUGACCCAAUUUACUGGAGCUGUUUCUGACCUUUGUUGCAAGAAACUCAUUGGGAUUACCAGGUCUGUUGACCCAGUUUCUCCUGGAGUUGGACCAUCUCCUGUUGUAAGGUCAUUAGGAUUCUCGUUUUACCAGAGCCCAAGUGUUUUUUUCUGGGGUUGUUAACACUCCCUGCUAUAGAUCAGUCAGUGGGGUUGAUACGAUUGACCUGGAUUACAGGGGUUGUGACCAGCCUCUGUGGUAGGAGAGUUGUUAGGGUUGAUGUAGACCCGGUCUUUCAUGGGGUUGUAAACACUCUGUGUGGAGUUGAGCCAUGGGGGUCACUGGAUCUAGGUCGUGACUGAGACUUUAGCUGUUUUAGUGUUGUUUUUGAUCAUAUUUUCUCAUUAUGUACUUCACACAUGGCUGGAGACUCACUCUUUUUGUUUGACGACCAUGAAUAAAAAAUAAUCUGCCUUCAGUCAAACCCCUGUGUUUGGACCCUAAGAAGGAAAGUUUGAUUCAACUUGAUAAAAGAGGAAAUGUCACCAACAUGACAGGGAGUCAGAACAAAUUCAUAGACAGUUGGAAUGAUCAUUUUAAAUAGUUGUAUUAUGAGUUUUUAGUCACCGGAUGUCAUGACUUUAGAGGAGGCAAUAUAGAGGAAAUUAUUUGUGCAAUAAUCGUCUUCUUUCGCUGUGCGCAGAACUUUGUCCUGCUCUGCAUCUCUGAUGUUUACAUGCAGGCUUUGUGAAGCCACUUGACUGUAUUGUGACGGAUGUCCUUGGAUGGGCACCUUGAGCUUUCAAAACUGAGAUAUUCGAAUAUGCACUGCUACCUGCCAUGCAAACAAAUCAUUAAACUGUGGAGAAUCUGCAGCUGAAAUGGUUUUAAUUUUAAAUACAUUCUCAGGUUGUAAGGAUUCAUAUCUCUGCAUCUUUAUGUGGGUCAGAUGAGGCAAAUAGUUUUGUGCGGAUGACAAUGAUAUAUUUUCAUCAGUCAUAAUUUUGGAAGUUCAGUGAGUCUGAUGCUCCUGCAGGUCUGCUAUCUAAGAAGAAAUAAAGGUCACUGCACCAGUGAAGCGUAAAGCCAGAGGCGCUCUGGGAAUAAUGAGAUCUAUGAUUGAAUCAAUACUUUAGCUCUUAGUCGGCUCUUAAAACUUGUGAUCCAAAGUUGACUGAAAUAUUAAACAGUAUAUUCAUGACAGAAGUGUAUUUGUUUUGGCUCGGCUGUAGACUUCCUGCCUCUCAGGACUUUGAAGCCCUCCUGCAGCACAGAGGACUGACUGCAUUACUUUCCCCCUUAUGGUGAAUUACGAUGAGAGGCCAGACCUCUGUAAACCUCUGCGUGAAGCUGAUCGUUCCCUUAUAUAGUCAUUUUUCGAUCUACAUGUCUAAAUCACAUUGCACAAGAAAAGCACAAAGUUUAAAUAUAUGCAAAGUUGAGAUGGUGGAUGUGGACAGCUGCCAUUGCCUGAAGAUGAAGAAGAAAUCUCUACACAGUUGCAUUUAAGGUUUACAUAAGAUACUAUAUUAUCUAAGCCUAGAGUGAUUCAAAUGAACAACUAAAUGAAGAAAACUCCAACAGGGCAUGCAAAACUUCCUUUGCUUUUCUAACUUUACCAGGUUUUCUAUAAUUUAAUGUAUCCCCAUAAAAAAUGCAGAAAUGGUUAUUUUAUUUCUGUUUAAAUACAUGAACAACCUUUGUCCUUGUGUAAACAGUUUUAUUAAUGACCAAAGCUACGAUUUCAAAGUCACCAUUGAAGGUUUAAUUAUUUUCUUUAGUUUUGUUGUAAAGGAAAUCCAGCUGUUUGGGCAUCUUCAUUGUUUGCCACUGAUAUAUUAUUAAAAAGCAGCUGAGUUAUCCACAGGGCCUGUGUCCACUAACAGGGUUUUUUUUUUCUCACUGUGGGCAAAGCUGUGAGUGCAGGUGCUGCAGGAACCUAAAUGAAUGAAAGUGAACAUAUUGGAACAUUUUUAUUUGUUAGUUAAAGUUGAAUGCUAAUUUGUGGCCAUUGCCUCCACAAAAUGCUGUGAGUAGACACAGGCCCUAAGACCUAAAAAUGAAGCUAUGACUGUUUUAAUGGGCAAAUGAACUUUUUAUAUUUCCUUAAAAAAAAAAAAAUAAUAAUAAUACGGUUUCCACUCAAACUCCAUUUCUGUUUCUACCUGACAGUAAACACUGGAUUUGUGCCUAAAAUAAAAAAAAAUAUUGAUAGCCACUAAAAUCUUCUUAUAGAGGGUAAUCAAGCCAAAACUGAAAGAAUAACCCUUUAGUGCCUUAAACCACAAAUUAUGGCCAGAAAAUUCUAAUUUUUUUUAGCCGAAAUGUUUAUUUCACUUACUACUGUAAACCAAAAAAAUCUCCUCAAAAUUUAACAAAUAUAUUUAUUUAUCUUGUUUGAUACAGUAGAUGUUUUUGGAAUUUGAUGAACCAUGAGAGGAAAUUUUAAUCAUUUAUCAGACUGUAUUAAGGUGUUUUUUUUUGUAAUUUGUUGAUCAUAUUGAUUUGAUUUAAGUAUCAUAAAAGUAUGUAUCAAGUAUGAUACAAAAGGCAAUAAAGGGCUACGUGCCUAAUUUAACAGUGAUUGUUACCCUCAUAGAAAUCUCUUCUAAAAUAAUAGACAAACAACAUGAUAAAUAUAAAGGUUUUCAAUAUGGCUGCCAUUGGUUAGGACAGUACCUAACACUCAGGAACAUAUGACAGGCUGUGUUAUCACACUCUUUUAAAGCGAUGACUGAUAUCUGUUUAAGACAGAUGUCAUCUCGGUUUUUAAUAAUGAGAUAAUGAGAUGAGAGCUUGUGACAGAGUGCAGCUCUGUCAAAGAUGCUGAACAAUUACUGAGCACGGAGGCCAGAGAUGCUAACAUGCUCUAAAUUUACCCUCAGAUAUCAUUACAACACCACCUGAAACAAACACAGCGAAACCUGACCCACUGAGUGUUUGAGUUGUUGCUCUGGAUUUACCGCUCGUGAGCUCCUUUUAGUUAGCAUCUGUUGUUGUAGCGUUAUAAGCUAGCAGCGGUUGUUUGUUUACAUCAGGUGUUGUUGUGGUGGAGUGUGAGAGCUGCAGCUGUGAAGUAAAGUCGAGGUUCAGGCAUCCGUGGGAUUGCUGAUGGCUCAUAAAGUGAUAGCCUUGGAGUUUCCCCUUGUUGGACUCUGGACACAAGUGAGGAGACCCUAAAAAUACCCCUUAAAGAUUUCACCAAACAAACAGCUGCACAUGCUGGGCCCACUCCAACUCAUGAAAAAGGGCGAAGGACAGGCAAACCCUGAAACGUUGCUGCUCCAUUAUCUCUGUAUCUGAUGAUUUCUUUAAAAUUAAACAGGUUAGCUCCUCUGAGACAUGCUGAUAUAUUAACAUCACAGUUCACAUCUUCUGUUUUCAAAAAUGUCUAUAGCUAAUGAGCUGAAUGGAAACUCAGGCAGGCUACAACAUUGCUGCAUAAGAAUGCUACAGCCUGCCCUCCAUGCUCAGAGUGUCAACACGCCGAUUAAAUUACAAUGUCAUGUUUAUCGUCUUCAUUUACUGUUUCAGGAUACAAGUCAUCUAGAGGCUAAUUAUGAAACAUUAACAUUCACUUGCAGUAAAACUGAUAAGGACACUUCAUUACAAAUCAUCUGAAGUGGGAGUUAAUGAAACUGCUGCCUACAAAUGCAGAAAAGUGCAGUACCUCAAGUGUCCACUGGAGACUGGCCCCAAAAGACAAGGAAUUGUCAUAAGGUCCCAUGUUAAAAUGUCAUUAUUGUGAAGUUACUGAGCCUACACCCUAGUUUUACAUAGAUUUACUAUACAGUAAUAUGGACGUUAUGUCUCAGAUUACUCCUAUUACAAAAAUACAGCCUCCAUAUUGCCUUCCAUAUUGACCAACAACUUCAGACCAACACUUUCACCAAGUGUGGCCACAUAGUGUUUUUUGUGUUUCUGCAUGUCAACAUCAUAUUCAGAUUUCAGAAAGUGAGGUAAGCCCAUAUCUGGGUUGUGAUUUUGCAACAAGAGCAUCUUAAUUCUGGAGCAACAAAAGAACAAAACAAGCUUCAUUUUCUUUUUAGAACCAAAACCAUAAAUAAGAAAAACAUUUUAACAUCUGAAUCAUUGAAAUCAAACUUGAAGACCUCUGGCCCAUUCUUUGUCCUUGGUUAUUCUUGUUCUCUUUUACCAUUUUGAACUGAAUAUUGAAAAGUCACAUGGUUUUGUUUCAUGCUUUAAAUUUGCAGCAUGUCGAAGUGUUGUGUAAGACAGAUUCCCCGUGAUACAAGUUUAACUUCAGUGUGAAAUUCAAGAGUCACCUUCACUUCAGACAUUCGCUGCAUUUCAAACUUCAUCUCACUGUGACACGUGGGCAUUUUUGGAGACAUUUGUUGAUUCUGGGGUCAAACCUGUGACCUUCUUAUAACUGGAUGAGCUCUCUGGCCACCAAAACACCCCUCUGCCAACAUACCAGCUCGACCACUUAUCCACUGUAGGUCUCGUGUGUCGACCACGGGCCACAGCUGUCUGGGGUUUAAUCCAGGCCGAGGCGUAAAUCAGAGAGCCUCAUUGCGUAGCCAUAAAUAUCUCUCCCCAGGGUAGACCAAACAUACAAUCUUCAAUUUAUUUACUUGGUUUAUUUUCAGUCCAUAGGACGUGUGCAUGAAACCCGCGUUUCUUUAAAGCAUCUCUCUCUGCUGUGGUUUCCAGAAACACAACGUAAACAAAUCUUUCAAAGCCACAAAAUACUUAGAGACUCUGUAAACCCACUUACAGAUUAACAGAGCUCUUAUUCAAAGUUUGAACUACAUUUUAAUCAUGCACCGGUCAUGAACACGGCCAAAAUUAUGUGGAAACAAGUGCACAGUACUCCAAAUUGGCAUCUUAUCUCAAAACCGAGGCCCGGCUGUUAUUACAGCCUCUGCUUUUCUGGUUUUACAUUAACCUGCUGCAUGGAUUCGCUCCUAUUAUUAAGCUCAAGGUCACCGCUGUGCUUUUGGUCUCAAAGAAAAAGUUCUGCACAUAAACCUUUUUUCUUCCUAAAGUAGUCCCAUUUCCAAGAAACUGUGCAGCUCUGAGGUUGUUUGUGGAUGCAGGGUCGACUGUUUUGGUGACGGUGAAACCCUCAGAGCGGAGUCUGUCGUUAGCUCUUCAUCACACUGUAAGGUUCCUGUGAGAUGACUGUGUGAUUCAGAGCUCUUCUCUGGUGAAGGUAAACUGUUUACAUGGAUCAGUUUGCUCAUCUGAGACUUGAUAUGACACCGUGAUGGCAUGUGGAGACCCACUUCAAUUGAGACACACUGUUGGGACAUUUAGCAACCAGAAGAAAACUCCAACACAGCCUGUAAACAAAACGUCCCUGUUUACAGACCGAACGCUCAGUGUUUACUCACUUCUCAGUGACAGGAUGUAGAUCCUUUUAAGGACUUUUCAAAGAGAGACCUAUAAUGCUGAUCUGUACUUGAAUUCAUACAAUUUGACGAAGACAGACGUCAGCGCUUCACCUCUGCAAAGUUCCAAUAAUGUCAUACAACUUGAAGUCAGAGAUGCCAGCCUGAUACGUCACAUAACACUUUCUUAAGUUAGCAGGUAUCUGAGCUGAAAAUCUCCAGUGGUUGCUCCUUGAUCCAACACUAAUAUAUAAGCUGGACUUUAAUUAGUGUUGAUAUGCUACUUAGUCUUUAGUCACGCAGUAUUGUGCAGGUUCUAUAUUAGGGCUGGGACGAUAUGCUUUUCUCCCGAUUCAAUUCUUCUAUGAUUUUUUGGAUGCCAAUUCGAUUUAAAUUUCGAUUCUACGAUAUUGGCGAUUUUAUUGAAUUUUAGUCUGCAUUUCAACACCAGUAAAACAGUUGCAUGAUUUUGAUUGUCUAUUGACUAGUGCAGGAACCAUGUUUCUUUAAAAAAUACACAUCACAUUUAAGUCAGUUUUUAAGAUUUAUUCUGAAAUUUGAAAAAAAAAAAAAGAUUUUUGAACACAAAAUUGAAAAACAAAAAAUCGCGAUCCUUAUGUGAAUUGAUUUUUUUUAUCCCACCUCUAUUCCAUAUGUAAACUUGUUGUCAUGGUGCUUGGAGGUGCGAAGUACCACAUAAUGUGUUGUCAUUACCUCACCAUAUGAGCUUGUGGGAGCGGAUUUUGUUACUUGACACUGGAGUGUGAUUCCCAGGUCUAAAUCUGACCUCUGAGGUAAAGGGGAUACACCUCACCUUCAGGUUAUGGCAUAACUCCAAAGCUGCGUAAAAAGUAACACCUCUAAGCUGUGUCUAACCCACUAUCAGCAGUUAAGAAACCCUAGUUUUGCAUCAUUGAACAAAACAAUGCAUCACUGAUAGUUCUUAAACCUCCUUUGGGUGUGAUCUCAGAGGGAAAUAACUGCUCACUGCAAGAUUCAUAUGCUAAAAUGAAAACGCUGUUAUUUCAAAUAAUAAUACAUCUAUCAACUAAAGUUUAUUAUUUGAGUCUAUCCACUGGUUUUGCUCUAGAACAGGAGAGGUAAAUGUUUUGGCAGCCUUCUGCACAUGAAAAACUUGACUGACUCCAGAUACCCUUCAAAAGUUUCUCCAAACUCUCCUUCAGGCUUGUCUUGGCGUUAGAUUUGGCUCACCCCCUCCACCUGUAGCCCUUCCAGCUCACCUGGCUGACCGUCAGAGUGAAGGACAGCCCCGUGGUUUUGGCACAUGGGAGAUUUUGGCAUCUUUCCUGUAACAACUAUUAAUAACAAGCCGAGGUAACGUGGUUGCUACCGCUUCCCUGCCAGGAUUCUCUCUGGCUGAGUCACGGUCUGCUUUCAUCCGGACCCGCGGUCUCGAGGAACUUUGGCCUAGUUCAGAUCUCAUUUCCGAUAACUUUGUCAGGAGGACCCCCCAUCCAGGACCUCCUAAACCUGAAUCAGCUUCCAAUCAUCAUGGGUGGAUUAUUUGAGCUCAAAGGCAUCUAUGAUGGGUGAAGAGCAAAGAAGAAACGACGAUCAGACAGCGUUGUGUUUUUGUUUUUGGAGGCACUGUUUGGUUAAAAUGAUGUAUAGUAAGAGCCUUCGUGGUUUUAUAGUUAUAGAUUUCACUUGUAUGUCAUGGAUAACUGUUUGGAAUAAUAAGAGGGAGAUUAAAUCAAUGCUUACUUAACUUUAACACUAUUCACAUAAUCCACUCUUCCAAGAACCUGACAUUUAUCUGCCAAAAGCUUUCGUGGAUCUGGACUAUGUAUCUGGAAAUCUGGCACAGGAGUUAAAUGUUAAGAUUUUGACCAUGUCCUGCUUAAAAAUUAUUUGAAAUCUGAAAUAUCUGUCUUAAAGCACUGACCUCUGUUUUGAGAAUCAUUUCCCCUUACAUUUAUAUCUGCUCUGUCUUCACUCACAGGUAAAAAAUGCGCUCCAGGAACUGCACCAUGGAGAGUCCAGAGGAUGGACACAUCGAGCCCACUAAAAGUUUCAUAAAAGAGGAAGAUGAAAACACACCAGAGCUGUCAAAGAGGAAGAUGAAGACCCAGCAGGAGGAGAAGGAUGGGAAGACGCCGGCGUCUGGAUCCACCAGGAAACUGAAGAAAACUGCUGAGAGCAGAAAGACUGCAUCUCUGGACCUGUCCAAGAAAGAUCUGCUGCACCUGCUGGGGAUCAUGGAGGGAGAAGUUCAGGUACAAGAACAUAAUAAUUUUAUUAACCUCUGAUGACUAACAUCCACUCUCUUAUUACCCUUUUGGAAAUUCUCAUUUUGCCAUCUUUUUCCCUGCACAAAAAACAAUGUCAGGCAUGUCCAGACAUGUGAGAUCAAUUUAGUAUAGAUGUCUGUGGGAGGGUCAUACAGACAAAGAAAGGCCCAGAGGCCCACAACAAAACUAUUAUAAGCAAUAUUUUCAUGUGUAAUGAAGCCUAACAAAGUAACCUAGAGAUGAGAACCAAACUGGAUGAUAGAGAAUUGUUUUUAGUGUAAUUUACAGCUGAUUUAAGACACGGGUCAAAACCGACCCUUAACAUGGUGGGUGCGAAGUACAAGCUAACACAGGAGGAAGGUUAAGACUUUGAAUAUGACCAAUUUAACGGUUCAAGAAUAAGAAGGAUAAACUGAUCAGAAACACACAUGAACUUGAUAAAACUCAGUUAAGUUUAAGAUCAUAAUCAGGCAGUAUUGUGAGUUCAUUUAAGUAAUGCCAUUUAGGUCAGGAGAUUAAUAUCAGUUUAGUUAUGUUUAGUUUUGUCACAGUAUCUGUUUAAGUCAUUAUAAUAACGCGUUAGUUGAGUCACCUUAGUAACAUGAAUGUUUGUAGAGUGGGGGUCAUUUAAAUCCAGAAUUUUCAAAGCUAAGAUCAGCCCAAAUCAAACUGACUCAUGCUAAUAGGGUUCGAUGCUGAUGUGUGAUAAAUGAAAGGUGAAUUAUUUUGGCCGUUGUUUUUAUUUUUCACAGACAUCAGCAGCUUUGAAAUAAUCCAUGAUCAGAGUUUAUCAUAACUGAGGGUUCACGUCCAGAUCUCUCUCAGUGUGAUGGGUCAGGUAUUAAAAACUGUUUGUAUCUGUAUGGAAACAGCCCACCCAUGGAUGCUGCUGUGUUCCAGUAUAACACAUUUUUUUUCUGAAGCAGACACAAUCACUAACUGGUCUCUAGAGAGGCAGGAUGCUACAGCCUCACCCUCAGUUUCCAUCUGUUUGGGUGUGUUAAAUAUUUUCCAUUUGAGAUGGAAAGACACCAAACGGAGAGGGACAUUUCACUCGAGAAGGAGAGCUGCUUUUGCCUCACAUACAUCCACAAACACAGCUAAGGGACUGUUUCACUGUCAUCCUCCUAAUGUUUAAGACUGAAAAAGUGGGUUUAAAGUUAAUACAGACUGUGACAUUUUUAACAGCAAGACGAGACAGAAAAGAGGUGAGCGUUUAAAAGAAAGAGACCAGAAAUAUUGGGAUGAAAAUACAGCAGACAUGAAAAAUAAAAGAGUGGUUUUAGAAAUGAAGCCAGAUAUUUCUGUUUUAAACCAUCUUAGACUGUUUUUUUUUUUUUUAAAAGAUAAAACCAGACAGUUUAUCAGAUAUGUCCUGGAGCUGAGAGAGGGAGUAAAGUAUAUUUGAUCAAAUUGGACCAAAAACCAGAUCAGAUAAGCUGAUUAGGCCAUCUCAUCUUUUCUCUUGGCUAACAAGGACACACAAUCUGCCGACACAAAGAUUCUUCUGCCAGAACAAUCUUCAUCAGCAGAAACAUACUGACAAUGAAGAAACGACACAACGUCAAAAACACAUGCAAAUGUCCACCACAAAUAUAAUGGUUAAAGAGUGCAAGAGUUUGUCUCAUCGUCUCCAGCAAUAAAACAGUUCAGAGUAGUAAGAGGGAAAUGUCUCCCCCUGCUGGUAGGACCCAGCUUGACUCCUGUGUGUGUGUGUGUGUGUGUGUGUGUGUGUGUGUGUGUGUGUGUGUGUGUGUGUGUGUGUGUGUGUAUCGGACUCAUUAGGUCAUGUGAUAUCAGUGAGAGAGGAGAGGAUGAGGUCAUGUUAUGGGUGCAGCAUCACAUUCAGAUGAUAUUAGAGCAAAUAAGUGCGUGAGAGUAUUCAUGAAGAAAAACUGACUCAAGCAGAUGGUUUCAUUUGACACAGUUGAGUCUCUUCACCUCUUACUCAGUCAGGCCAAACUGCUUUCUGCUUUUAUGGAGAUUUUAAAGAUUUUGUUGUUUUAAUGUUAGGUUUAGAAGAACACUUUGUAAUUUUUGUGUUCAGUUCACACUGAAACAAAAUCUGUUCAUGUUAAAGGAGUUUCUCUCAGUUUUCCUCUAUCUGCAGUGGAUUUCUGAUGGUCAUUUUAAAACUUACUUUGUCUCUGCAGUAAGUUUUAAUUUGUUUCAUCAAGGCCUGGUUUUUUGGUAUGCAUUACGCUUGCUAAAGUACAAUAUUAAAAGUCGUAAAAGGACAUAAGAAGAAACAAGAUAGUGUUAAAGUAAAAUGAUCUACUUUAAAGUGGUUUUGCAGGACAUGACUAGACAAAUACCAUCAUAAACCCGGAUUCUGUUUGAAACUGUGAAACUGAUUUCUUGUCACAAAUAAAUGAAGAUAAUAGAUUUAGUUACUGACAAUAUUAUAGAUUUGAAUGUCCAUGUGGUUUUAAUAGACUCAUUCUCAGACAGAAUUUCCUGUUGAAAUAAAGCAGAGCAAUGCUGCAUGCAGUCAUUAAAGAUUUUGUUUCAUAUCUUCAGGCCAGAGAGGACAUUAUCGGUCUGAUGAAAACAGACAAAACCAGACCGGAGAUCUUCGAGGCUCAUUACGGCUCAGCUGUCCCGACCAAACCUCUGCAGGCUCUGCAGAGAGAUGCUCUGCUCACACGAAGCAACAACAGCACUGAGGACGUCUAUGAGAGACCCAUGGCCGAGGUGAGGGAGGAAUUACAGUACUCAUGUGUUUUACUCACGUAUGAAUAGAGUUAAAUAUAAGCAUAUACUGUAAUAUGUUUUCCUCUUUCAGAUGCAUUAAUCUCUUAAAAAGUAGUAUUCAUUUGAACCUUUGUCGUACAUCAUAACAAUGAAUUGUUUUGAAUUGUUUACCAUAAAGACAAAUCAUGAACUUUUGAAGGAAAAAGUAUCUUUUGUGCAAAAAAAAAGUCUCAGUUAGUACCCAGAGGUUUCAAAAACAUUUCACCAUCAUUUAAAGGUCAUUUAAAUGAAGAACAGACAGAAAUAGAUACCUUAAUUCAACAUUUGUCUGAAUCCUCAUUAUAAUGUUGAACUUUAAGGGCCUGUCUCCACUAAGAGCACUUUUGCAGCUGCCUCGUUUGUUUCACAGCACUUAUUGUUGAGAGGGUACAAAAGUUUUUCCAUGUCACUUCUACUCUCUUUGAUAAGAAACCCUUGAGUCUGUUUUAAAAUGCUCUGUAUGCGUUACACAGAAACCCCGCCCCUUCUUGAUUUUGAUGAUCCUAAUGGAGAUGUGACAUCAGUGUGUGCAGGGGUGCUUCAAAAGUAAAAUUUAGAGCCGAGCAACUGAAAACAGCUGAUGCCAAAUAUAUUUUAACUCUCUGGGAACAUUGAUUUUGUGCAGAAAAUAGGCAUUUCCAUUGAAAAGAAUGCUGUUAGUGGACACGGGCCCUUAAAGUUAAGAGGAUAGAGCAUUCAGUAGAUAAACUGCAAACUCUGUAUGAACUUUUAUUUGGGAUUUGUGGGUUAUGGUUUUGGUGCAUUUACACCAGCAGGAGAAAAGUGAUUUCAAGGCCGAGAAUUGUCCCCCUUUGUGUGAGUAAAACAAAAUUUUUCAUGCUCAGAGGAGUCUGCAGGGUGCAGAAAGUGUGAAAAUGUGAAUAAAGCUCCUCAUACUGAGUGAAAAGAGUCUCUUAACUCAUUGUUGCCUCACAGACACAAUAUGAGCACAGCCGUAGCUAAUGUUGGGAUACUGUGCCGGCAGAUGUUGUGUGUCGACGUGCAGGCUCAGGGUUUUUGUUAAUAAUGAGUGUUGAUGUCUUUGCCGUCAGUUGGACCGUCUGGAGGACAAACAGAGGGAGACGUACAGAAGGAUGUUGGAGCAGCUGCUGCUGGCCGAGAAAUGUCACAGACGCACCGUCAUGGAGCUGGACAACGAGAAACGCAAACACACCGACUUCAUGAACAAGAGCGACGACUUCACUGACCUGCUGGAGCAGGAGAGAGAGAGGUGAGGGCCCACUGAGUGUUUAUAUGGUCUGUUUACACCAGAGUUUUACUCUAUUAUAGUCAGGUUUAACUUUGUCUUAUACUGUCUGAACCUUUUAAUGGUAGCACACUUAUUUUGUUCCUGUCACUGUCGCCCUUGAGUCUUUGAUACUCUAAAUUUCUAUCAUGUUUUGUUUUUGUGCAUACUUGUGCAUAAUAUUUGAGAGUUUCUGGUUGGUAGUCUUUUGUGUUGUAUUUACAUUAAACUUAGUUUGAUUGAAUGAAUAUUCAUUUUGCGACCUCCUGAUGAAGAAAAUGAUUUAUUUCUGCAGACAAAGAAAAAAGAGAAAAAGGAGCCAAUUUUUUAAAAUGUUGAAAACAAGGCUGAAAUUAUUCUUUGCUGUACUUUUAAUAAAAAAAAAAAUCGUUUAAAUGCUGAACUAACCGUGAAUAAUGAUAAUCCUAAUUGUAAAGUUUCGUCAAAUAUCAGCAACACAUACGCUGCAUUCCAGUUGUACUCGGAAGUCGGAAUACCGGAAAUUCAUCUGGAAUGCACCCCUGAAGUUGGAUUUCUAACAUGGAAAGUCGGAUGAUCUUCACUUAUCCCGACUUGACGACGUCAUUAUCCAAGAUAGCAGCACAGUGCAUCAAAUUAUUAAAUUAAAUAAGUGGUAAAUGUUGUACUCCCCAACGUCUAACUAUGAACACGGUGCUAUGGUGUUUGUAAAAGUAAAAUACAGUGUUUUGCACUGUUUACAACUGGUAAAGCUAACAACAACUAACAAAGGCUGACAACGGCUAACAAUGGCUAACAACAGCUAACAAUGGCUAACACAGGGGUCGGCAACCUUAAACACUCAAAGAGCCACUUGGACCAGUUUCCCACAGAAAAGAAAACACAGGGAGCCACAAAACCUCUUUGACAUCUAAAAUGAAGAUAACAUUGCAUAUAUCUUUUUUUUUUUACCUUUAUACAAAGUAUAUAAAAAACUGUAGCGAGUUGCAUUUAUGAAAUAAAUGAACUAUUUCGGCGAGUGUCUGUCUUCUUCUGUAGUUAAACUGCAAGAUAUCAAAAUCUACCCGGAUACAGCAAUGCUGCUUUUUGAUUGGCUGUUCAGUAGAUAUACUUUAUUUGAUUGGCUUGUGCGUGGCACGCAGCUUCUGAACUCUCGGAGGAACUCAGUUGAUUUCCCCCAGUUCCAAAGUUGAAGAAGUGCAACUUGGUGGACAUCACCGUGUUCAUUUAAAUGCGUGAGAAAUACAAUGUGUGGUGUGUGAGCGUGUGAACGAGUGGGAAUGCGUGUGUCAUACGCUGAAUGCGUGAGACUUGAGAGCCCUGUGCUCACGCAUCAUCGAUGUACUCCCGAGCCAUGCAAAACGGUCUUUGCAAAUGUUGCACUGAACGCCUUCCUUUUCAGUCUUGGUGAAGUUUUCCCACACCACUGAUGUUUUAGGUCGGGAUUUGGGUUGGGUUGUGUCCAUGUUUCUCUCAGCCGCUGCCCCGGCCAUGGCUGUUUCUUUUCUGUGCAUUCUGCUGAUGUUUACACGCCGGUGUCCAUGGACAUAUAUAAAGACCCGACGAAUCGAUUACAGAAUUUGUUGGCAACGGAUUUUUUCGUCACGACGAAUCUACUUAAUCGAUUCGUUGUUGCAGCCUUAAUAGUUUAUUUAAUGUUACAAGAGCAUUAUAAUCUUUGAAUUUAGAAUUACAAAAAAAAAUAAUAAAAUAAAAUAAAAUAAAAUGCAAUUAAGUAUUUAUUAUUUAUUUUCCAAAUCCAUUGGGAGCCGCAGCUUAGGGAAGAAAGAGCCGCAUGCGGCUCCAGAGCCGCGGGUUGCCGACCCCUGGGCUAACAGUAGGCAUCCAUCUUGAUUUUCCGACUUGUUAACUGGAUAGCCAUCAACUCAGGUGUGGCGUCAUUCCCAGCUCUGACAUCUGACUUCCGAGGUAACUGGAACGCAGCAAUACUCAAUAGUUAGAACAACAUCAGGUUUGUAAUAACUAUAUUUAAAGCUCACAGAUCAUCUAAGUGCAGUUUGUUCCAGUUUUUCAUUUUAAUAUGACUGUCUGCAUCUCGAUUCUCUGCUGCUCAGAGCUGCUCUGCGCACUCUAAUCCUGACAGAGAUAAACACAGUCCACAUACAGAUAAGCUGGAUGGAAAGGGACAAUCCUUACCAUUUUAUUGUGGAGUCAACAGGUGUGAUAUAUUUAUAACCAGUUUACUUCCUGAAGAGAGUUUGCAGAAAAGCAGCUCGAUAAAUCAAUAAAUAAUUCCUUACUCUUUCAUGAGUAGCAGCACAGCCUGUAUGUGGGGGCGUCGAGCCACAGACAGCCUCAGUCUGAUGUAACUCAUUACCAUACAAAUAGUAUUGUUAAAGCAAUAACAAAGCUCUCUAUGUAGAGAUACAGAGGAGUUUUCUGCAGUGAGGUUCAUUUGCACAAAUGUAUGCAUAAUGGAUCAUUUGAAUAUAUGCAAACACUGGUGCACAUAGACAGUAUUUGCUCUGCAGUGCAGUUGUGGAGCACUUAACUCUUUGUGUUUGCUUUGUGUAUUAGAAAAUGACUUUCUAGCUCAUCUGCACAAGUUUAAAGGGCACAAAACGAAUGCAAUCCUUUGGUAAAUCAGCCCCUCUCUGUGUGCUGAAAUAUAAACCAUCAUAAAUUUAUACAAUGGUGUGACAGUUGUACUUCUUAGAUAGAGAAUUUGAUCUACAGGCCUGCCUCUAACACAAGUCCGCUUCAUAUAAAGGCCUGGUACUCUUAUCAGUUAGAGCAAAUACAGAACGCAACUUGUAAAUUAGUUUUGCAGUUCUUUCCAAUCCUCAAUACUAAGCCCCAAAAAACUCUUUAAAACCACUCAACAUAUCCAGUUCUGAACCCCCUUCAAAGAGGCUGUUUUCUAGAAGCAUUUUGCAGGAGUUAUCAGAUAAGACCCAGAGCUGCAGGUUUCAGAUGACUGCUCUGAUAGGAAGAGUGAUGAAUCGUGCCUUAUCAAGUCUUAAGAUAUACAACACGAGCAUCACAGAGUUUAUCCUGGCUGAGUUUAACCCCUCUGGUUCUCAGCUGCAGGAGUCAGUGUUAUAUAUUAGACUACUAAUGAGUCUCAUCAUUAGUAUCAGUGUUUUUAAAGGAACUUUGACUCGUUGGGUUUGUUUAAGUUUCUUACUUUUUUUACUUUACCUCUGUGCAGACAUCUUUUGCAGGCCUGUCUUGUUUGCUGAUUCUUCAUUUAAUGACACUUAUCUGUCCUCAUUUUUUAUGUAUCUGCGAUCGCCUUUUUAUACUUGUCUGUUCUUGAACUGCUUGCAUUUUGCUGUUUGUGUAGAUUUUUUGGCUUUAUUAUUCAAGAUCUUACAAAUGCACAGGAAAAGGAGGCUUACCCAGUAUGAAAAAACAAAGGGAAACUUUUUUAAUGCCUCUUUUUUACUCAAACCUACUCUUACAUUCUGAUGCUGUAAUCAUCUAUCAGCCACAUCAGACAGAUGUUUUAUCUCACAUCUGUUCUUUCUGCUCAACAAACUUUUAACUACCUGCUAAAAAAGUUAGGAAACACUCAUAGUCCUUCAAAUCUUCACCUGAGUGAUAUUCUGCAAACUUUACUGACUAUAGAGAGUUUGGGUACCUCUGAUUUAAUUGUCUGCAGGUCAGUUUGAGCUUUUCUUUCUUGUCAGUUUUCAGUGCGUAGUUAUAAAUCAGAUAUAUAAGUCAGCUCAUCCUGUCUUCAGUGUGGUCCAGCCCUGCUCUCUGCUCAGUCUGAUAACACAUUCCUGUCUGCUGCAGUCAGCGUGCAGAUUCACUGCAGGUGAUAUCAUGAAUGAAUGCACCCAGGCUGAUGUCAUUCCCAGAACAGAUGCUUCUAGACGAUUACCGGUUCUGUUUUCAUAACAGGUUGCAUGUACACCCACAAAACUGCACCAGAAAAGUCAGAAAUGAGCGCAAAAAAAGAGCAGAGGUUUUCAGCUACAGUUCUCCAGAAUCUUUCCUCAUUUUUGAAAUAAAUUGUUUCUUCCAUUUUCUUCCUCUUUGUUUGUUUAUCUUAUUAGCACCAUGAGGCUUUUGGCUCUUGGUUUAUGGUGUGUUUUUGAUCCCUGGGGGUGAGGAGGGAUAAGAGGUGGGUUUAUAAUGGAUAUAUGUUUGUGUGGUGAUGCUGAACACUUAACCUGUGCAAAACCUGCUCCAGGGCCGGAGUGGGACUCAUGUUUGGAGUUUCAAUGCUCAGACCAGAUCCCUGUAGUUCAUAACCUUCAUUGGAGAUAUAUGAUUGAAGCCUUACUGGUUCAAGUCCAAAACAGAGCACUUUUCUCUACAACCUUUUUAGUUUUCACACGCUGAUAAAAAUGUAUUACUUUCCAGUGAUAAGUCAAUCAUUAUGAAAUUAAAAUUCCAAGAUUAUAAGAAAAUGACUCAGCUGUGAAGACAUGUAUCUGGUGGUUCUGGCUCUGUUGUAUGUUCUGACUAUUUAGCAUAGUCAUAGUCAUCAGGCUAGUGUGUAUAGAGGGACACUGUGGAGUGAAGACCAAAUGCAAAUGUGAGCAUGCUAACACACCUGCAGUGUUUAUAGUCUCAUCUUUGGGAUCUGGCAUGCAAACAUCUCCAUAAUUGGAACACUUUAUGGUAUUUAUGGGUAUUUAAAUAUGACUCAAAGUGGAGACAAAUUUGAUGAGAGAACUGGAUAAAACCUUGAGGUACAUUCAAAGUCGAGUUUCUUGGAAAUCUGUCCAAGAGUUGUUGGGACACUCUAGUCUGGGCCAUAAUGGUGGUUUGUCUAAACAUGUGGCUGUUUGUUCCUAAUUUUAUCCUGUUUUGUUGGCUGGCAGUCAAAGAGUCUGAUGAGGAGGAAGCUCAAGAUGGUUUAUUUUUGAUUGUACAGAACCACAGCUUGUUUUUGGAGAUUAAGAGAAGAUAUUUAGAAGCUUUGAUCCAAAUACGGUUCAAAUACGUGCAACAGAAGAAACACUUUCUGUCUGUAUUUCUCAAAUCACAGCCAGAACACAAAUGUGCAAGUAUCCAAGCCACAAAGCAUGGAGAUGAAUGUUAAAGGGCUCUUGAAUCCUGUUGAUAUUUAUGUAUAACAUGCAUUUGCAGAAUGAAGAGCAGUGACUCAGACCUGCAUCUGUAAGCUCUUUGCACUGCUCAUAUUUGGCUCAUUUAGGAGCCUCUGCAAUGCAAACCACAAACCUCCUCUGCUGUGUAAAGCCAUGAUCUCACACACAUACAAUCCAGCCACUAUGGAGAAUUUAUAUCCAUGUCCUCUGCUUUUGCACGAUACCAGCAGAUUAUAAUAAGAAAGGCCAUGCAACAGCAGUAUUGUCCUCUCGAAAACAAAAUCUCUCGCCUUCAUUGUUGCCUCGUUUCCAUAGCGACAUGGCUGGCUGCAAGAAGGACAGGAGACAAUUAGGUCAGGGUAGAGUGUGAGUAAAAGAACCAAAAUGAAGAUGUAUUAGAUGAUAUGUGGCUCCAGGUGUUAUGUCAUGCCUGCUGUAAAGUUGUGCCCCCCUCCCCUCCUCCCUCAGGAGUGAGUCAAACAUAAAGGAGAGGAAAGUUUGCAGAAAUCCUCCCCCUCCUGGUCUGAACCCCUCCUCCUCAGUGUCCACACGAGGGCAGGGCCUCUUUGACCUUAAAAGGAGUGGUGGAUGACAUCAUUGCCCAGCGGGGGCAGCACUGUUUAGCACAACAUCCACCUUUUUCAUUGUCCACUGAUGACAUGUUAGGAAUGUGAUGGCUAAUUCCCCGCAGAGUCUGAGCCCCUCCUUCCUCUCCUCUCUGACCUCGUGAGAGUCUCAGCAGCGGCAGCAGUUUGGCUCCUGCUCAGCUGCAAAACACACUCAGAUAUGGACCAACCUGCCCUGCAUCCCCACUUGUUGGUAAGUUCAGCAAAGUUUUGAAAGACGCUCUUAAAAAGGGAGAAGCAGGUCGUGAAAGUCUUUGAAUGAAAUGUGAGGAUUUGCGUGUCUUUCUGUCUCAUGCUGAGCACAUGUUCUGCAGGGCUGAGACUCUGAUUGAGUGUCUGAGGUGAGUGUUUGAAAGGGAAACUGAGGCAGACUCUCUCCUGCACACAGACUCCCGCAGAGAUUAGUUAAACAUCUACAAACAGGACAUUAACUCAGACAAGUUCCCAGAACUUUGUUGGCAGCUCCAAAGAGGCUCUAACUAUUGCUUCAUCUUGGUAUUUUAUGCUUUUACAAAUGCUUAGACACAACUAACCUCUAUGAAAAUUCUCUAGAAAACUGGAUUUGCUUUUGAUUCAUGCCCUGUCUGCUGAGAUCAGACAAAACAAAGAUGGCUCAGUUGUCUCUAAAGAUAUGAAAAUGAUUGUGGUUGCAAAUUAUUGCAAACUCACCUAGGAUGAUGCAAAGUUAGGCUCAGCUGAAACAUGAGAUGAACAUGCAGGACAAACAAAAAUGAAGAGAGAUCGGAGUCCUUAGUCAGGAUUUGAGCUGUCACACAUUAGAUCAGAGGCCAUAUUCACAAAGCUUCUUGUUGUGACAAAAUGCUAUGAAAAUUCUUUGAACCAUUAUGGUUUCCGAGAACUUUUACUAAAAGUUCAGAUCAAAUCUUGGUCAACAUGACAGUGACUUUGCUCUGUUAUAAGGAAAAUAGACUGGCCAACAGUUUAGUCCCUGUUUAGUUUCUGUAAUUUGCCCAACAUAUCUGGAGUAUCUUGGUUUUGAUAUUCUCUGGCAUCACUCUUUGAAACCUGAAAAGCUCUUGUAAACCUUUUGCAUUUAUAUGUAGGUCUGGCUACACAAACAUGGUGUUUGUUUACUAGUUCACGGCUAAGAUUGGUGCUUGAAUUUCUUUGUCUGUUGGAAGAGGUCAUCACAGUUUCAUAACUAUGUAGCAGUCCAAUUUUCUUUUCGUUUAUCUCUGUUUUAAAAAAUGAGUCUGUAUGAGGAUUCCUCAGAGUUGCUCCGUUUUUGGCUAAAGUCCUUGUACGUUUUUGUGCCCUCACCCUGGUCUGAGAUAAAAGUCACCCAAAACUUGAUCACUUUAUUAGUUUGGAAGAUUUUAAUCCUUAUAGGAUAAAGCCUCAUCUGGCACUUAGUUUUUGCUGAAGACUCUGGUUGUUUUUUUAUUGUCUGUUGUUUGUCUUGUUCUCUGACUGAAACUUUUCAUGCUAAUAUCUGUCGUUCAGGACUUCCUUGAUAAAGAGGUUUUGUUUCUCAGUGGGCGAUGGGCAUUCCUGGUUAAAUAAAUACUUAAAAAAAGUGGUAUCCAAAUAAAUUGAAACCAUUGGGUAUUAAAAUGUUGGCAGUAAGCGUUUUCACCAACUUCACUCUAGACAGGACAGGGUAAGCUCUGAUAACGAAAGACUUUGUUUUCUUUUUGUCUGCUGAUGCUUUUGACUUUUCCUUAAGACGAGCAGUUGAUGGAUAUUUUUAGAAAUUAUUUGCACCAAAUAUAAAGGGAUGCCUAAAAAAACCUGGCACUUGAAUAUACCUGGUUAAUAAUCUUUGCAGGCAUGCAUGUAAAUUAGAGUGACCAUAUUCUGACUUCCCAAAAGGAGGGCAUGACUACGUGGGGGUGGAGUCACGGAGUCGCACAAAGUUAAUUUUGAGAGUUUUUCGAUUGGGAUUGAGCGUCUUUUAUGUGCUUCUAACUCAGUAAGUCCACGUAACACAAAAUCAAAACUCUUGUACAAAACCACGGAUAUUUGAAGGAUUUCAUAAACUUCCCCGGACAAAGCCGGACAAGCCCCGACAGCCCCCAAAAAAGAGGACAUGUCCAGGUAAAAGAGGACGUAUGGUCACCCUAUCUAAGUAUUCUGCCGGUGCUUAGGAAGAAUGGAAGGACAGGUGAAAGUUUGAUGUUUAUACCCAAGCACUCAUAUGUUUAUUCUCUGCCUGUUUUUUCAGACUCAAAAAGCUGCUGGAGCAGGAAAAGGCCUACCAGGCUCGUAAGGACAAGGACCACAGCAGGAGACUAGAGAAAGUCAGAGCAGAGUUGGUUAAACUCAAGUCAUUUGCCCUGAUGUUGGUAGAUGAGAGGCAGCUGCACAUAGAGCAAAUUGACCAACAGAGCCAGAAGGUCCAGGAUCUCAACCAGAAGCUUCAAGAAAAAGAGCAGCGUUUGUCAGCGGUUACAGAAAGCAGUAAGGAGGACAGCCAGAAGAUCCUCAAACUGGAGGCAGAUCUCGAGCAAAAAGCAGCGAAAUUCACACAAGAACACGAGGAGAUGACCGCCAAACUAGCUGAAGAAGAGUCCCAGAGCAGACAGCUCAGGCUGAAACUGGCCGGGUUGGCACAGAAGAUUGAGGAACUGGAGGAGAGCAACAAGACACUGCAGAAAUCAGAGGAAGACCUGCAGGAGCUGAGGGAGAAGAUCAGCAAAGGAGAGUGCGGGAAUUCAUCUCUAAUGACUGAGCUUGAGAAUCUGAGGAAGAGAGUGUUAGAGAUGGAGGGCAAGGAUGAGGAGAUUACCAAAACAGAGACUCAGUGCAGGGAGCUGAAGAAAAAGCUGCAGGAUGAGGAGAAUCACUGCAAGGAGCUGAGACUGGAGGUGGAAAAACUGCAGAAGAGGAUGGUUGAACUGGAAAAACUGGAGGGGGCUUUCAACCGGAGCAAAACAGAGUGCUCUCAGCUCCAUACAAACCUGGAGAAGGAAAAACGUGUUGUGAAGGACCUUGCCGGGGAGCUUGAGACAGUGAAAACCCGUCUAAAAGAACUUGAGGGCUCAGAGUCAAAGUUUGAAAAGUCAGAAAUGAUUCUCAAAGAUGAUCUGAUGAAGCUGAAGUCUUUCACGGUCAUGCUAGUCGAUGAGAGGAAAAACAUGGCCGAGAGACUCAAACAAGAGGAGCAGAAAAGUGACGAUUUGAGUAAGAUGUUCAAAGCAGAGCAGGGUAAGGUCACAGAGGUCACGGAGAAACUGAUCGAGGAAAGCAAAAAACUGCUGAAAUUCAAAUCAGAAAUGGAGGUCAAAGUGAGUUCACUAACUAAGGAGAAAGAUGAGCUGCAAACUAAACUUGCAUGUGAGGAGGAAAAGUGUAGGGAGCUGAAUACGAAGGUUAGUGGCAUGAAAAUACGAAUAGACGGACUUGAGGAGACAGACAAGGAAAUGCAAAGAAAGUGGGCCAAUAAGGACAACAGCAGAAAUGCAGAAGAAGACAACAAAGUGAAAGAGCUCACACUGGAAAUCGAACGGCUGAAGAACAGGCUGAAACACCUGGAGGUGGUUGAAGGAGACUUGAUGAAAACAGAGGAUGAGUACGAUCUACUUGAGAAGAAAUUCAGAACAGAGCAGGACAAAGCAAACACCCUUUCAAAACUGCUGGAAGAAAUGAAAAGUCAGAUCGCCAGGAAUAAAGCGAUAGAGAAAGGUGAGGUCAUGAGUCCAGAGGCUGAGCUGAGGAUCCGCUGCAAGAUGGAGGAGACCAAAACCAGAGAGCUGCAGGUGGACGUUCGGGCGCUGAAGGAGAAAAUCCAUGAACUGAUGAACAAGGAGGAUCAGCUCUCCCAGCUGCAAGUGGAUUAUUCUAUCCUUCAGCAGAGGUUCAUGGAGGAAGAAGAGAAAAAGAAAAGCAUGAGUCAGGAGGUCGCCAAUCUUACAAUGGAGCUGGAAGCCUCCAAGCGCUACAGUCGUGCCAUGAGGCCCAGUAUGAACGGCAGCAGGAUGGUUAAUGUCCCGGUGACCUCCACCGCAGUGCAAACAGAAGUGAUGGCCGGUGAAUUUGCAGAGGAUGAGACAGCAGCAGGUUUUAUCCAAAAAUCAGUGCUUGAGGAAAACCACUUGAUGAGCAACCUCAGACAACGGGAACUUAAAAAGCCAACAGUUCUGGAAAGAUACCCUCCAGCAUCAGCCGAACUCGGGGCAGGGAAAUCCUGGAUACCCUGGAUGAGGAAGAAAGAGGUAGGCACACCUAGCCAGACCCCUCCUGAGAGGAUGAAUGGGGCAUCUUUGCUACCUCAUCCAGAGAUGAACAUGCCCCAAAAACCAGGUCAACCCCUGCGCAUUCGAGUGACCCCAGAUCAUGAAAACAGCACUGCCACCUUGGAGAUCACCAGCCCUCGAGCUGAGGAUUUCUUCUCCAGCACUACCAUCAUACCGACUCUUGGUCUUCAGAAACCUCGCAUAACGAUCGUCCCCAAACCCACUACUGUAACCUCAAAGAGCAAAACCUGCGAGAUGACAGGAGGGCUUAACCGAGCCAAAUCUCCAGUCACAAUAACUACCAUCUCCAGGGCCAAGAGUCCAGACAAGGCAAAUGGCUUCAGCCCUGAAGGCCCAAAGUCUCCGGUUUCUAUCAUAACAGUCAGCACAACUCCUGUGGCUGAAGCUUGUGCCUCACCCGAGCCUCACAACAUCACCGCAAGCCGCACAGUGAUCAAAAUGACUCCAGAGAAGCAACCAGGACCAGUGCCGUACAGGAAGUACAACGGUAAAAGCAACAUCAUCACCACAGAGGACAACAAGAUCCACAUCCAUCUGGGUUCCCAGUAUAAGAGGUCCUCUGAGGGCAGCAGCAGUCCAGUGUUGACCCUCGGACUGAGCGCAGAAAGCAGCAGGGAAAUGUCCACAGGAACGGUGCUGAGGUCCCCACGCCAAACCUCCACCCCAAGCAAAAUGUCGACUCCGAGUAAAAUGACAAGCAGCAUAACAAUCACGCCCUGCACCUCAGCGCCCUCCAGACCAACACAGUCAGUGGUAAGCGCUUUUCACUUCUUUAUAUCUGGUUUGAUCUUUUUGGCUUUUUAGCACAGAUUCUUUCAUCCACAAGCAAAAAUAUCUGAACGAUGUCCAAUCUCUUACGUUGCAGUUGCUUCUGAAAUGUUUCAAAAUGAAAUCAGGUGCUGUGUGCUCCCUAGAUAGCACUCUCUCCAGGUAUAACACAGUGACUUUGUAAUGAUGAUCUCACUGGUAUGAACUAACCCUGGAAUGAUCUGACAUGCAAUCGAUCCCGCAUCCCAGACAGACCGUUGUUAGGGUCUUUUGUAUACACGAAUUUACCGACUGACAGAUUCACUCCCUUUAACCAAACACAGGCAAGAAGUGACCAAUUUCGAUGUUUCAGUUAUGCACCUAGAGAUCAUAAGUUUAGAGAUAAGAAACCUUGUUAAAACUCUUAUGAAAUAACCAGCCUGGUGUCAGUUUAUACCCAGUAAGGACAGCCCUCUAUAUAGGAUCCAUUAAGCGCUGAUUUGAUGACUUGAAAGUCAACAAAUCAGACACGUCUAGCCCGUAUUCAGUGGACAUUUCAGUCACUUACACAAAAAAAAGUGGAUGGUAGGCCAUCAUUUAGCAACUUAAAGGCUAGGAAAUUAAAAUAUGAACAGAAUACCUGUUGUGUGAGUUUGAUGUGUGUUGGUUUGGUUGUCGCUUUAAUUGCAUAUAGCUGGGGAAAAGAGAGACAGAAACUUUCUGGUUUCCUCUUGUAGCCUGAGUCAUCAAAGUUAACAGAAAACAAUCUUGUCAGAGGUUUCCACUCAAAUCCAACUUUAGCCUUGAACCUUAUGAUGCUAAUUAGACCUUAAUAAUGGCAAGGAUCCAGAAAAGGUGACCAAUAUUGGUCCAGGGUGUAAUGAAUAACUGGCCCCCCUUGAUAAAGUGUCCUAAGAUGUGGAAAGACUGAGAUGGUGCCUUAGGCUUUAGCAGGCACACCUGAUAUCAUGAAGACUUAAUAUGAAUGAAUGAACUUCCAGUUGACAUGCCCAAGUGGAAACAAGACGCAUGAGUUUAUCGUAAUCAUGGAGUUGCUUGGAUCCAAAAUCUGAGCAAGCCAAAGCCAUUGUGUUUUGUAACUUUGCACUCUCCUAGCAUCUUUUUGUGGGAUUGGAUUAGUUGCUAAAAGGUUGCCUAUCAUCAGGUUUUUUUGAAUAGUUAGUAUCCAUCCUGUAACAAAUUUUAGGAGCAGCUCAGUGACUGAAAUGUCCUUACCUGUCAUACAGGGCUAACCACAACCGUGCUUUCAUCUUUGAACCCCUGCUUAAAAAUAACAGUGAAAUCAAAAGUACUGUCACAUCAGAUCAGGUAACAACAGAUCAUCUUUGGUUCUGAACAUUGUUUUGUCAUCUGUUUUCCAGCCCUGUCCGGAUAUGCAGUCAGCUCGGAGCGCAGCCACACGGAUCCCUGUGUCAAAAGGUAUGAAACCGAGCAGCAAGGCUGUUCUGGGCGUGUCCACGGUGGCGAGGUUAGAGUCACGCACAGAGGGCCAGGCGAUGAAAAUUGAGCUGAGGAAGGCGACCAUUUGUGGUUCAAUCUCUGCUUCUGGUGGCAAAAGCUGAGAGUUAAACACGCUGCCGUUAUUUUCUGAUGAUUUCUGCAGAAUAUGAGUUACAGCCAACAUCAUAUACGGUGUCCACUGAGCACAAAUCAGACUGUUUGACAUGGCCUCUUACUAAACAUUAGCUUUACAAACACUAUUUUAUUUUAGUCAGAUAUCUGGUUCAAACUAUACGUGCUGUCAAUAAAGUUACAUGUGAUUCUCGGGUCAGAUUUUUUAGCUUUUACGUGAUUUCAAACUGUUUGUCCGUCAUGAAGCAUCUCUGUGCAUGAGGAGCUCUCAUUAACGUCAUCUUGGUGGUAUCUGGCUGUAGUUGUAGUCUUGCUCUCAUCAGGUACAUUUGUCAUUCAUAGCAUGUGUUUAUUUCACGGCUGCUUUUUCCAGUCACUGAUGCACUGUGAUUUGUUUGUGACAGUAUAAAUUGUCAUCAUGUGAGACAGGCACCCAAAUAAAACUAUUUAUCUCUAAAUAAAGUUCAUCAUUGCUUCAUAUCUUUUGUGUUUCCAUGGUGUGUGUGUGUGUGUGUGAGCUUUUUGUGAAUUAAAUGCAGCUAAAACCUCAAUAUUAACCCAAACUGCUAACAAAAGACUAAUUCUUAUGCUUGUUUUUGGAUGUUUCCAUGGUUUAUCUGAAAGUAAAAUUGCAUUUCAUGGUAGAAAAAGGUGCUUAAACUCAGAACGCUUCACUAAAUGUAUUGCAUAUAGUUUGCAGACUUAAUUCAGGAGCAUUACAGCCAAGUAGACACUUUAUGGAAGAGGGUGGUAAAAAUGAGGUAGUUCUGGAUGGAAACGGUGGAGUUUGAGGCUUGUGUAACGCUGUGGCUAAAAUCAGCCACUAGGGGCAAAAUUUAGCCACUAAUUUCCACGCAACUUUUUUUUUACUGCAGCAAAUGGGAUGAUUUUUUGUGCGGAUGCUUAUAUUGAUGGACACUUUGAGAAUAUGACUUCAAAAUUUUCACCAGGUCAAAAAUACGCGCAGGGCAAAUUUUCAUCCAUUGUUAACGCUCAGGGGCUAAAAACAGCCACUAACUUUGACCGCUGUAAAAACAUAUUGGGUUAAUAUUUUUUUCAAAUUUUUUCAUAUAUCUCUUAACUAACUUCUGCUUUGAUCAAAACUAGUAAAUGUUUCAUCUAAAAACAUUUUUUUAAUCCUUUGAGGGUCCAUUCAAAACAUAAUGUCACUGAUAUGGUAGAAAAUAAAUCUAAUAAAAAUCAUUUUCCUCCCUUUUUUUCCCAAUAUUAGUGACUUUAUGUUUUAAAUGGGUCCUUAAAGGGUUAAAAUUUGGUUUCUUAAUUUACUAGUUUUGAAUAGAGCAGAAGUUAAUUAAGAGAUAUAUGAAAAAAAAUUGGAAUAAAUAUGAAUCCAAUAUGUUUUUACAGCAGUCAAUGUCAGUGGCUGUUUUUAGCCACUGAGCGUUAAGAGCGGAUGUAAAUCAAAGGGUUACACAAGGGUUAGCAGUAUUGCAAUUUUGUGGAAAUGCAAACCGAUAAGGGUCCAUCAAAAAAGAGGACUCAGAUUACAAAUUUGAGCAUAGCAAUGGUCACCAAAAAUGUUAAUUGUCAUGUUUUUUUUCUGCAUUUUGGUGUUGUCUGUGAUUAAUGUGAACAUAUGAGAGCUAGUUUGGAUCUUUCUCCUUCCCCUUGUAAAGUACACCUCAGUAUACGCUCCCAGUGAGGGGAAUUCAGGGUCGACUUUUAAAUCUUCUUUAAAUUGGCUUCAAAAUAGUGUUUCUGUGUGUGCAUAUACUUUAUGCCACCCCUGCUUAGGUCAGGUCAAUCUCCCUGGUCAAAAAUCUGAAUCUGCCCCCGUAGAACAAAUUACUUUGUCUUUGCUCUAUCAUGUCAAAUUUCUGUGGUUACAGACUGAGCAUCUAGCUCCCUCUAAUGGACUGCGAUAAAAAUACAAAAAGGCUUCUUUUCACCAGGAAUAAAGUGAUUCAGUUUUGAAAUCUUCACAUGCAAAAUGAGAAUUAAUUCCACCAAAAUAGUGCCCCACAUCCUCUCAUUGUUUUCUUGUUGCACUUGUCAAUAAACCAAAACCUGCAGGUUAUUGUGUUCGCAAACAGGAGGUUAGGGACCAAAACUAAGGAUCUGAUUAUCACAAACUGCUGCUUUAAUUCCCAAACAGUCAGAGGAAACAGAGAGAGGAAAAUACUGCUGAUAUCUGCAGAAACAGGAUGGUGAGGAGAGGAUGUUGAGCAAUGCACUGAGGCCUGAGAGAUGGGACGGUAAUGGAGUCAGGAAGAAGCAUCUGGAAAACAGGAGGGUAAACAUGUAGAGAGUGUAAAUUACUGAUUCAAUCCAAGCAGAGUGUUUCCCUCAGUAAGAGUGUGUUAGCCCUGACUCCCCUGGGGCGGCUGCAGAGAGAUUUAAGUGGAUCAAAUACUCGUCCCGGGAACAACAUCAGAGGCUGAGCAGGAUUAUUAAAAUCACAUCUGAGUCUGAUCUGCUUGUUCACAGUUUCCUCUGAGAAAAAGGAUGGAAACCAGGUGGAGGAUUUUUAACUCUCCUUGCAGACCCUGAAAUAAGCAACUCUGAAUAUCUUUUUUAACUUGAAAAGGCUAAAACCGAUGAUCAUUUUCAGUGUCCAUGCAUCAGAUCAGUGAUUCAACACUAUAGUUCAGGAGUCUCCUCAAAAACAGAAGAGGUUUUAGCCAGGUGAGAAAAAUGGAAACGUGAGUAAAACUGCUCAGAGACAAUCUGAAGGCAAACUGAAACACGAACCUGCUCAAAAACAGCAGAUUAAUCUGGAUAGUAGACCAGCAAUCAUCAAAUAAAAAGAAAUACGAAGCUUUUAAAAGUGGAAGAAACUUUAGAGACUAAAACUGCUUUCGAAACCAGGCUGUAAACAUGUUUAUUUCUGCUGUAAAGUAGGACAUCUGUUCUGACCUCUAAUGGGGUUUCCUUGGGUUUUAAGACCAGCUUCAAGUGGCCACCUGACGAACUGCGCUUUUUGGCACAAUGAUUGACACAUUUGUUGAGUUCUUCUGCCUCUGCGUGAACAAAACUGGCAGUUAUAAGUUUUUAGCUGAAGUGCUGAAUAUAAGAUGUUUAUAUGGAUGACAUCUGAACGAUAAUGUGGCCUUCAAGGACACACUUUUCUAUCGUAAUUUUCCUCCACAGGUCUGCUGAUCGAGGCCUUCUUUGCAAACAGUCGACGCUGAGGUCAGAUCUCUGAUGUCACGAGAGGAAAUCUGGAGGUGCAGGAUGGAAGAUUAAACCUCAGGACCUUCGUGUUCAGAUAAUAUGCUUUACUGGUAUCGUCUGAGUGAGACAUGAUACAUAAAAGUUGAAGCAUGAAACAAAUGAACGGAGAGAGUCAGUACACAAUGGUACUGAGGUAAGCUGGAUCACUGGUUUUCAAAGUGAGGGUCAUAAAACACUGAUGGGGGGUCACAAGAUCCCCUCCAAGAAAGUUAAAGUUAUGUUAAAGUUUUCUUUAAUGCUUGAGAUUGCAUUUUUAUCCAUUAUUAUAAAAAUAUAAACAAAUACUUUGGUUGAAAUUUAUAGAAAACCAUACAAAUCAAAAUCUACAGCUUUAAAUCUGUAUCAAUACGAAAAUUUUACUCAGCGUCUAGCCUUUUUAAAAAGACUCCAAAUCAAUAUCAUUGUUGUUGGAUGUGACAGACCUCCCUGUUGUAGAAGUUGUCAUCUCAGUUGUUUACUGUCAGGCUGACUCCUUCCUGUUUCUAGAUAAAGGACUAUGAUUGGUCAAGUGUAUCUGAGAUUGUUGGGAAAUGUAGAAAGACUGCAGUUGCAGAGCUGGCUUAUGACUUUGUCUGAUGGAGUAAAAAAAAUUAUCAUAUGUUAUAUCUGGUGUUCAUCCAGGCCCUUUUCCCCCUCAACAUCAUUUAAUUAUCUUGUGUGCACAAGCUGAAGUUGUUUUGUUUCAUAUCUUAUGUACAAAAUAUAUAAAUUUGUGCACACAAAAGAAAAACCUAUUACCAUUUGAUCAAUUAUUGGUACAAUGAGAUGUUCUGAUGAGAAAAUUGUAUUGUGCUCACAAGUUUUUUUCUUGCAUGCACACAGUAAAACAUUUUACUUUGAAGGUCUUUAGGGCCUCAGUUUUUCUUUUUAAAGACUGACUUCUUGUUGUCUUACAUCAAUUUAUUAGACUUCUUUUUUUUGUAUCUCAGUUAUAAGUUGUUUUGCCAUGGUGUGGAAACAAUAAAAUUCUUAACAGGUUUUUUUUUUUUUGGUAUGUCCUCAGAUCCUAAAAGUAUUGUUUUACGCUGGAUUUUAAAGUGAUUGAAAGUGUUCGGAAAGUAGAAACUGAAUGAUAGCUGGUAGAUUGGAGGUGUAUUUGAUGUUAUAAUAAACACAAGAAUAUAAAAUGCACAUAUAUGAAAUUGUAAACAACACUGUGGAGUGUUCUCUUAUAGAAAUACCAAAUUUCGUAGAAGGGACUCACAUACAGUAUACCUGGUACCACUUUUAGUCCACUGAGUUGAAUUUUGGACUUUGGGACACCAAACCAUAAG